AUGCCUGAGGCAGAAAUUGCCCUCCACCGACCGGCGCUGCAUAGCAGCAGCACAAUGGUGCUUGCGACGCCAACCACCCCCACGACCGAGACGUCUAAGAGCAGCAGCGACGAUAACGGUACCAGAGGCAGCAAUAGCAGUGGCAACACCACCAACAAUAUAGCCACCACUAUAGAAAAAGAGGCGCCAGACCCAAACCUGGUCGUGUUCAGCGGCCCCGACGACCCGCUCAAUCCGCAGAACCUUCCCCCAUGGAAAAAAUGGGUUUACGCCAACAUCAUCGGCUGGCUCUCGCUGGUGGUCACAUUUGCAACGUCAGUCUUUAGUGCGGCCACGGGCGUGACGGCUGAGGAGUUUGGGGUGGGAAGGCAGGUGACGACUCUAGGGACGGCCCUGUUUAUUGCCGGGUUCGCAGCUGGUCCUCUCCUCUUCGGCCCUUUGUCGGAACUAUACGGACGCAAACGGCCGCUAAUAGCCGGAUACGCCGUCUUUGUGGUCUUCCAGAUACCGGUAGGAGUCGCCCGCAACAUCGAGACGCUCAUUCUCUGCCGGUUCAUCGGCGGUGUGGCCGCAUCUGGGCCCUUGUCUAUUGCAGGAGGGUAUUUUGCCGACUUUUUUGAUCCCGUUCAGCGAGGGCUGGCCCUGGCCAUCUUCAGCGGGACGACCCUAGUGGGACCGAUCGUAGGGCCGAUCCUGGGAGGCUUCAUCACGCAGAGUUACCUCGAAUGGCGCUGGACGGCCUGGAUCACCAUGAUUAUGGCUGCCGCUGCUGGCCUCAUCGGUCUUUUCGUCCUGCCAGAGACCUACGCCCCGGUCCUGCUCCAGCGCAAAGCUGCCAGACUGCGCCUCGAGACGAAGAACUGGGCUCUGCACGCCAAGUUAGACGAGUCCCCUAUCACCAUCGGCUCCGUUAUCACCCGGUAUCUUAGCCGCCCGCUGGUCAUGCUGCUCCGCGAACCGAUCCUCCAACUGAUCACUCUAUACAUGACCUUCAUAUACGGAUUUAUCUAUCUCCUCUUUGAAGCGUACCCGGUCAGCUUCAUCGAGGAACGCGGGUACAGUCUCGGCGUCGGUGCACUGCCCUUUCUCUCGAUUGGGGUCGGAGUCGUUCUUGGGUCAGCAUAUAUUUUCUACUUUACCCGCACCCGGAUCCGUCAGACAUUCGUGUCGACGGGGCGAAUUAGACCAGAAGACCGUCUGUACCCGAUGAUCCCUGGAGCGUUCUUGCUCCCGCUCGGCCAGUUCUGGUUCGCGUGGACGUCUUUUCCAUCCAUCUCUCCAUGGCCGCAGAUUCUGGCGGGUGUGCCGAUUGGCGCGGGGAUUCAGAUUAUCUAUCUCCAGGGGCUGGCAUAUCUCGUUGAUGUUUACCUUGUGAAUGCGAACUCUGCCAUUUCGGCGAACGCGAUCGUGAGAUCAACUGUGGCGGCGGGAUUCACUAUGUUUGCGACGCCCAUGUACCAUCGACUAGGUGUCCGUUGCGCGUCCUCGCUGCUAGGCUUCCUAGGCGUGGCCUUCAUUCCAAUCCCGAUUGUUUUCUACAUCUACGGCGAGAGGGUCCGCAAGUUGAGUCGGUAUUCGCCUACUCUGUAG